CACCUCUCCUCUCGACUCUUCCCCACGCAGCUUUCUGCCGCACAAUAGACAUGUUUCUCCCACAGUAUGGGCGAGUCCUGAAGCGAUCUGUCAACGUUCCUUAUCGGCAUCCGGCGCGUGCUCCUAUCUGCGCCGGUUUUCGCCGCGAGACCGUCGCUGCAGCUCGACUCUUUGUAAGAUCGAACAGUACAAAACCCCCAAAGUUUGAACCAUCAGACUUCAAGGCGGAACCCAGAAAUCCAGGAUCAACGAAAAAUGCGGAGAAUCACCAGAGCUCAAAAGGCAAAACCCUGAACGAAAAGGUGGCUCAAGCCUGGUCUACGCCCACCAAAUGGUAUCCUAUUCCCAUUGCUCUCGGUGCGCUUGUAUUACUAGCAGUUCAGUAUCGCAAGCAAACCCGUGGUGAAAUUGAAGUAGAAACACAGGGACCAGAAGGAGCUGUCAUUAGAAGAUCUGGAAAUCGAGUAGAUGGACCAUGGCAGGUACGAGUGAUGGGUGCUCUCCCAUUGCGGUCGCUUUCACAAUUGUGGGGUUAUCUCAACGGCCUUGUUCUCCCCGUUUGGUUUCGUCCGUUUGGCUUCAAGCUAUAUGCCAAGAUCUUUGGUUGUAACCUUGAUGAAGUACCCAAAGACCUUACAGAGUAUGAGAGCUUGGGAGAUUUCUUCUACCGAGAGCUCAAAGAUGGUGUGAGACCUAUAGCUGAAGCUCCCAUGGUAUCACCGGCUGAUGGCCGAGUCCUUCAUUUUGGAGAGAUUGCCGGCGAGCGGGUUGAACAGGUCAAGGGCAUCACCUACUCUCUUGAGGCCCUUCUUGGCUCUCAAUCCGAUCUCCAUGGUCAACCAAUCGACAUUCCACGCAGUAACUCUGAAGCUGAAGUUGUAGACGAUGAGCACUUUGCUAAAAUCAACGAUAUUCCCUACUCUCUCACCGCUCUUCUUGGCCAAGGCCCCAGCCGAAAGAGAGCUCAAGCCGAUUACUCCGAGGCCCAGCCCGUAGGCAAAAUUGAAGACGCCAGUCAUCCACCAGAAGGUCAAGCAGUUGGGCAUGACGCGUCAGUUGCUGCAUCCCUGGGUACCAGUGCUCUUGACUCCAAAACCGAUGGUUCUACCAAGCUGCCUAGUUUAUCCGAACAUAGCAAGCUCUUCUUCCUUGUCAUUUAUCUCGCCCCUGGCGACUAUCACCGAUUCCAUUCCCCCACAACUUGGAUUGUUGAGCGUCGUCGACACUUUACCGGCGAUCUUUUCUCCGUCUCACCAUAUAUCGCCAAUAGGAUGAAGGACUUGUUUGUGCUAAACGAACGUGUCGCUCUGCUCGGCCGUUGGAAGUACGGCUUCUAUUCAAUGAUUCCUGUGGGUGCCACCAAUGUUGGUUCAAUCAAGGUCAAUUUCGAUGAGGCCCUGCGUACAAACACACGUGUCCUCACUCACCCUCCCAAGACCUACGCGGAAGCUACAUACAAUUCAGCAUCCAUAUUGAAGGGGCAGCCCCUUUUGGCAGGUGAAGAAAUGGGUGGCUUUAGGUUGGGCAGUACAAUUGUUCUUGUGUUUGAGGCACCUGAAAAGUGGAAAUUCCACCUGAAGGCUGGCGAGAGUGUCAAAGUUGGGCAACCUUUAGGAGCGUUCGAGGAAUAGAUAUUGGGUAAAAGUAUUUGG